AUGCCGAUUCGCGUCAAGUCACGUCGGCCCGUAUCGAUGGUAGAUCGCGCCCCAUCCCCUGACUACACCCGCCCGGUCGUCCAGCUUCCUGACAUCGCCCAUGAGGACGUAUUUCGAGAUGUCGUCAAGAGGCUUUCAUUGUAUAUUGCUGAGGUGGUCUACAUGCCAAGCACCUUUGAACAGUUGCGGACCACGACCGCUGGAGACGACUUGCGGACACUCGUCGAAUAUCUGAGCCACGAAGUAACCAAUCCCGCAAUUGUGAACGCUCUACUGGCUCUUCGAUGGCAUUACGGCGCAAUCAAUGACGGACGGGGAGUAAGCGAGGCCCGCGCAAACGCCUGCGAGAUUGUCGCCUGGCGCUUUCUGACCCGACUAUCAGAAAGAGAGGCCGUCGAAUUCUGCCUCUACGAAAUCCCCGAUGAUUGCGAUCAAGUCAACUCGAACGGCCAAGAGUGCGCAGAUGGCGGUGAGAGCAAUGAGAGAACAGCACUGCUGGGCGGCACAGCCGGUCCGUCUGGCCCAGAGGAUCGCCCUGAUCCUCAUCGCACUGGAUCCACGAGACGGGACCAGCUUGCGCAGUCCGUCUCGAAGCUCACCAUGAGUCGACAUGCUAGUAGCAUGGAAGAGUCCGAGGACGACCCUACAGCGCCCUUCAUCCACCUCAAUGCAUUGGAGAUUGCAGCCAUUGCCGAUGCCAAGAGGUUCCUCAGCCAGCACAUCGUACAGAAGAUCAUCACCGGCAUCUGGAAUGGCGAGAUCAUCUUCUGGGACCGGCUGUCGGUCCAUUCAAAGAAGAAGCCCCGCUUCUACAACCCGCACACAGCCGACCCCUUUUCACGUCUUCGAGUACCCAAGUACCUCAAGGCCUACGAGGUCGCCUUCUUCGGAACCUUCUUGGCCUUGUACUAUGCCGUGUUGAUCGAGCAGAACCGAUAUGCCAUCACACCCUUGGAGGUAUUGCUGUACAUCUGGUUUGCCGCCUUUUUCUACGAUGAAGUCAGCGAAUACGUCGAUGCCGGUUCUAUCUUCUACGCUGCCGAUGUAUGGAACCUGUUUGACAUGAUCAUGAUUGCCAUCGGUAUCGUCUAUGUUGUGCUACGGUCCGUUGGAUUGUACAAGGGGGACUACGACCUCGUCGAUAUCGGGUUUGACGUCUUAUCCCUCGAGGCUCUCUUCAUGGUGCCAAGAGUCUGUUCUAUCCUGAGCCUUUCGCCGUACUGGGGCACACUGAUACCCUGCCUCAAAGAGAUGGGAAAAGACUUCUUGAAGUUCAUGGUGCUCGUGGUUGUGCUCUACGUAGGGUUCCUCACAACAUUCUCUCUGAUCGGCAGAGAGAUGUAUACGUUCCCACACAUGGCGAUGAUUGUGACAAAGAUCUUCUUUGGUUCCAGCUACGUCGGGUUUGAUAUCAUGGAGGACAUUGACCCAAUAUUCGGCCCUCCCUUGAUGCUGAUAUUCGUUACACUGAGUUCUAUCCUGCUGAUGGGCUCGCUCACGGGUAUGCUCAGCAACAGCUUCUCCCGGGUCAUCACCCAUGCCCGCGAGGAAUACCUCUAUGUCUACUCGGUAUAUGUGCUUGAAGCUUCGACUAGCAACCGGCUUACACACUUCUACCCUCCAUUCAACCUCGUUGCACUUGUGAUCUUCAGGCCGCUGCGGCUGUUCUACCGAUCCGGCAAUAGACUCCGGCAGGGCCGUAUCGUGCUCCUGAGAGCGACGCACGCCCCCAUCGUCGGCCUGAUCCAGGCCUACGAGUGGCUCACCAAGAAGGUCAACGCAGACGGCUUCGACAGCUUCCGCGGCCCGCGCCAGAACUCGACGAAGCGACGCGUGGCUCCGCCGCCCAACAGGCCCGACAGCAGGCCGCAGUCUGCCUAUCGGCCGCGCAUGCCUUCGCCCAAGCCGACCAGCGCCGACGUCAUCAGCAAGCCGAAGCCUCGGGAGCAGAUGCCCGAGGACGAUGUCGGGGAGGCGCCGACGGAUGUCGAGGUUCGCAUCUCGGAGCUCGCGGCCAAGAUCGAUCGCCUGACUGCUUUGGUCGUCGCGCUCCAGUCGGGCGCAGGAACGGAAACCAUUCGGACUUGA